CGUAAAGUAUAGUCUAUUUUUAUGUCAAAAGCAGCCGGGCGUGCGAUACCCAGCAGAGAAGGAAUGAUGCAGAAAUUUGAAAUAACGGAAGGUGGCACUGCCCCUGCAGAAGGUCCUUCAGGUAACCGCAUUUUGAUAGCACUGGCAGCAGUGUGUGCAAUCGUCACCGUAGUAGCCAUAGUUGUAGCUGUAGUGGCAGUGUCGAGAUCCUCGACCACACCAAACAUCACCAUCCGAGGCGACCAAACGACAAUAGGUGGCAGCACCUCUGGACAAGGAUCGUCUGCUGGGAGUUCUGCUGGGAUCUCAGGCUCUGCAGUCUCAUCAUCAUCUGGAGGACGGAUCUUCACGAUUGCUGUAGGGCAUGAUUUAGGCCCAUUUGAAUAUGUAGACACCUCUGGCUACUUGACAGGCUUCCAUCAUGAUUUAAUCGAAGCGGUUUGCACCGAGGCCGGAAUGGAUUGUCGUACUAUAUGGGACAAGCAUACCAACUGCUGGGAUUCCACCCCAGGACAACCCUCACACGGUGGCCAGGGUUUGAUGGGCCGUUGGUAUGAUGCCUGCACCGGCUGGUUUCGUACCUUAGAGAGGAUUCAGGUGUUCAGUUUUUCUUCCCCUUUCCUGAAGCCCCCGAGCGUGCAUUUAUUUGUCAAAAAAGGGAACGCUGUUAUGUUUCCUUCCAAAAAUCUAGCUAACAAGACAAUAGGUUUCGUUGAUGGCUGGGCUUGUGACGAGAGGUGUCUGGCCAGAUGGACUGACGUAACAGGUCAGGACAAUAUGACCGUCGUUCACGCUCCGACUCCUGGAGAUAUCUUUGCCAAGUUGAAAAGUGGUGAAAUGGAUGCAGCAUUUUUGCCUUUCCUCGCCAUGGCGGGCCAUGCAUCAGGAGCCAACCCCGAGUUUGAACAAGUCCCUUGGGGUGGUUUUUAUUGCACGGAGGCUGGGAAUGGUAUGAUGACACGGAAAGACAACGACUUCACCUCCCAUUGGAACGUAGGAUUCAGCAAACUGGUCUCCAGCGGGAAGUUUAAGAAAUUAUGCGACGCAGCGGCUGCCAAACAUGGUUUUCGUGGUCCCGUGGACUGCGUAGACGGCUAACACUAUCAUUAAGACCGGAGAUGAAAAACAACAGAGAGAAAAGCCAAUAUUGGAACCCAAGUAUCAACUUCAAAACUUAACCCGUCAAAAACAAAACUCUGUUUCAAGUGUUUAUUGGUUUUCAAACAGAUGUCCGCCAUACCAUAUUUGGACAAAGUGUGAUUGAGGGACCGCUCACAGUAUUGCAUUCAGCGAAAGUCCCCGCAUUGGCUAGGUCGACAUAACUCUACGUUAUGAACGGCCCCUAAGGGUGCAUUCCCAGAGAUUUAGAUCGAUCCAGAGAUUUAGA